AUGGAAACCAGGAAGGAGAUGGUGAUGUUUCUGGAAGGGACACAACUUGGCGCUCUAGUUGGCAAGAGGGUGCCUAAUUUGCCCGAAGCAGUGGGGAGCCCCGCUCCGGAGCCGCAGGAGAAGAUGAUCCAUCGGAACUGUCUCAGCCCCAGACCUGGCCCCUUGUCGUCCCGGGAGAGAGGAGGAGGAGGAGGAGGAGGUGGCGGAGGAGAAGACGAAGAGGAUGUGGAGGUGCUGCCAGGGACAGGGACGGUGCCGGAGAGCCGCUCGGCGGCAGCAGCACUGCUUUCGGCCGGACAGCAGCCCCCCGCCCCGGAGCCCCCCUCCAGCAAAGGGCAGCAGAGCAGCUCGGACACCGAGUCGGAUUUCUAUGAGGAAAUCGAGGUGAGCUGCACCCCGGACUGCGCCACGGGGAGCGCCGAG